AUGCUACAUUCACUGACUUCUUCACCGAGCAGUUUUGUCAAUUCGAAUCAUCGCCCACCAGCAUCUGAAGCAACACCGACUUCUGCCGCCUUUUCCAGUUCCGAAUUCGAUACUCCUAAGCCCAGGCAAGGUGCAUUUACCGACGCCGGGGGCUGGACGCCGCAUUACGCUGAAGACUAUUCCGUAUUCAACUCGACCCCUGGAAAUCUUCGUGGUUCCCGAAACUCUUUCGUCGACAUCGCUCCAGCCACGAUUACAAGCAACCACAAAAGAUUACUGUCUGCCGAAACCUUUGCCGCUCAAAUCGCAACGCAUGUAAACCACUUCUCUGCCAAUAACAGCCUACCUCUGCCGCCGGUCGAGCCCUCACGCCGCUUGGCCUCAUCCCCGAACUCAAUAACCGUACCUCAGGAAUAUAUAACCGAUUCGACACCUUUGCCCAGUCCUGAUCCGUCCACGUAUCCUCAAUUCUCCAAGAAGGCUAGGAAAGCCGGAGUCAAGGGUGAAGAGCCUUCACAGACGGCAACGCCCCCACCCACCGGACAUAGGGAGGAACACAAGCUUGCCGACAAGCUCACCAUGCAAAAUGAUCAGGUUUUCGGCCAGCCCGACUUCGCCGGCAGCUCCCAACAACAGCAGCAUGAGCUCGCUGCCUUGAUGGCUUCAUCUGGUGAUAUGUUUGGAUAUCCUAUGACAGCUCCUGCUGCCACCCCCACAACAUUCUGGGACCCUUCAAUGAGUAUGGACUUUGACUUUAGUGCAUCACCUUCCAAUGUCUUCCAGACAACACCUGUUCAGCGUGGAGGUGGCCAUCGCCACACAGGAUCCUUUGACUGGAACAGCGAGGUGCCACUCUUCCAAGAUCCUACCGCACCUUUUGCCCCAGUAGGUGCAGACCCUAUGCAAUCGAUGCAACGUGACCGUGCUCUCGCCCCGAACCCUAUGGGCUCGGCAUCUGCUACAACUGCAGCAAGUGCCGCCAUGUCCGCGGCCCUCUCUGCUCCUUUAGAUGAUUCUUUUGGAUUUGGGCAGCCUAUGCAAGGAGUUAAUCCUGGUCUGCUUUUUGAACCCCCUCACACUUCUGUUAUGGAUAACCCUGCUCUCAUUCCAGUGACACAAGCCGGCUCAGCUGAAGGCGCAAUCUUCCAAACGAGAUCUAGAACUCCUCUAGGAGAUAGCAUCCGGCAAUCAACUAGCAUGAAGGACUUGAGAGCUACCAAGGCUCCAGAUCGUGCUCUUGCACCAUCGCCCGUCAAGUCAAAUUCUCGCCCUGGAAUGGGUCGAAGUUUUAGCGAGAAUCGUGGAAAGAGAGCUCAAACACAGAACAGACCAGUACUUCCCAAGCUUGCUCCAGCUCGACCCGUAUCACAGGCUAGCAAUGGUUCCAACAGUGACAGUGCACCUGUCGGCCGAGCUCUGGCCAAACCAACAGGAAGGCUGUCUCCCAUGAAGAACCCGCAUCGUCUGUCGAGCCUGGCCUCUAUACCUGAGGGCCCGUCGCUUCAACACCCGCCGACUCGAACAUCCGUGAAAUUCACUAUCGACUCCAGAGGAAGGGCCCGUGCCGAGACGACCAUUGUACCGAAUGAAUGGGAAUGGGAACCGAACAUGGGCCAGAGAAAGGUGUCUCGGGAUAGAAGCCGGACACGCGAGCUGGGACCCUCAGACGACGAUGAAUCUUCCUCUGACGAUGAACCUAUCAUCAUUCCUAGCCGAACCAACUCGUUCAAUACUUCCUUUGCCCUGCCGGAUCCCGUGAGACCAGUGGGAUCCAUCUUCCACUCUUCGAGGCGUAGCGUCAGCGAUAGAAGCAUCAGUAGUAAUCACGACACAAUGGGAGGGUCGCCCCAUGAUGGAGAGAGCGAGACUGAGACUGUUAUGUAUGAGCGCAAGGACAAGAUCGGAGAUGCUACAAGCGAACUUCGCAAAGUAAUGGAAGACCGUAAGAAGCGGUCUAAUCCCAUGGGUCAGGGCGGACAACAUCGCCCUUUCCAAGGCAGUAGCCUGGGACCUUAUCGAGGUGAUAGCAACUCGCCGUCGUCCCUCACUGAGUCAAGCCUUAUUACAGACAGACAAGUCAAGUGUGUCUGUGGCCGAAAGGGGGCUGACGGGGGAGACGGCUUCAUGAUCCAAUGCGAGUCCUGUGAAAUGUGGCUGCAUGGAAAGUGUGUUAACAUCAACCUCAGAGCUCAUGCGCCGAGGGUGUAUAUCUGUGCAUUCUGUGCCAACACGCCAAACAUGCGAGGAGGCCGGCUGCGAGACACAGGACGAACAAAUCUGGCUGGCGGUGUGCCAGUGGCAUCUCCGUUAACGAGCAAAUCAUUUAGGGCGUUUCGAUAA